CGGAUCCCGAGCCCAGCCGAGCCGGUUGGAGACUCCCUGGCCCUGGAAGCCCCCGCUGCUGCCACUGAGAGACGCGGGCAGGAUGCUGCCUUUACUCUGACCCGCUUCGAACUCUAAGUCGGGGGAACAUAGGUUCAGGGUGGAUGCAGAUGACGUCAUGACCAAAGAGGAGCAGAUCUUCCUGCUGCACCGCGCCCAGGCCCAAUGCCAGAAGCGGCUCAAAGAAGUCCUGCAGAGGCCAGCUGACAUAAUGGAAUCAGACAAAGCAUGGGCAUCUGCAUCCACAUCAGGGAAGCCUAAGAAAGAGAAGGCAUCUGGGAAGCUCUACCCGGAGUCUGAGGAGGACAACGAGGCGCCCACUGGCAGCAGGCACCGAGGGCGCCCCUGCCUGCCCGAGUGGGACCACAUCCUCUGCUGGCCGCUGGGGGCACCAGGUGAGGUGGUGGCCGUGCCCUGUCCUGACUACAUUUAUGACUUCAAUCAUAAAGGCCACGCCUACCGACGCUGUGACCGCAAUGGCAGCUGGGAACUGGUACCUGGGCACAACCGGACAUGGGCCAACUACAGCGAGUGUGUCAAGUUCCUGACCAAUGAGACGCGUGAACGGGAGGUGUUUGACCGCCUGGGCAUGAUCUACACCGUGGGCUACUCGGUGUCGCUGGCUUCCCUCACCGUGGCCGUGCUCAUCCUGGCCUACUUCAGGCGGCUGCACUGCACGCGCAACUACAUCCACAUGCACCUAUUCCUGUCCUUCAUGCUUCGCGCCGUGAGCAUCUUCGUCAAGGACGCGGUGCUCUACUCGGGCGCCACGCUCGAUGAGGCCGAGCGCCUCACCGAGGAAGAGCUGCGCGCCAUCGCCCAGGCACCCCCGCCGCCCACCGCCGCCGCCGCCGGCUACGCCGGCUGCAGGGUAGCUGUGACCUUCUUCCUUUACUUCCUGGCCACCAACUACUACUGGAUUCUGGUGGAGGGGCUGUACCUGCAUAGCCUCAUCUUCAUGGCCUUUUUCUCAGAGAAGAAGUACCUGUGGGGCUUCACGGUCUUUGGCUGGGGUCUGCCCGCUGUGUUCGUGGCCGUGUGGGUCAGUGUGAGAGCCACCCUGGCCAACACCGGGUGCUGGGACUUGAGCUCCGGGAACAAGAAGUGGAUCAUCCAGGUGCCCAUCCUGGCCUCUAUUGUGCUCAACUUCAUCCUCUUCAUCAACAUCGUCCGGGUGCUCGCCACCAAGCUGCGGGAGACCAAUGCUGGCCGGUGUGACACGCGGCAGCAGUACCGGAAGCUGCUCAAAUCCACACUGGUGCUCAUGCCGCUCUUCGGCGUCCACUACAUCGUCUUCAUGGCCACGCCGUACACCGAGGUCUCAGGGACGCUCUGGCAAGUCCAGAUGCACUACGAGAUGCUCUUCAACUCCUUCCAGGGAUUUUUUGUCGCCAUCAUAUACUGUUUCUGCAAUGGUGAGGUGCAGGCCGAGAUCAAGAAAUCCUGGAGCCGCUGGACACUGGCCCUGGACUUUAAGCGGAAGGCCCGCAGUGGGAGCAGCAGUUACAGCUACGGCCCAAUGGUGUCUCACACGAGCGUGACCAACGUAGGCCCCCGCACGGGACUCGGCCUGCCGCUCAGCCCCCGCCUGCUGCCCGCCACCACCAACGGCCACCCCCCGCUGCCCGGCCACAGCAGGCCGGGGGCCCCGGCCCUCCAGGCCACACCACCUGCCGUGGCUGCUCCCAAGGAUGACGGGUUCCUCAAUGGCUCCUGCUCAGGGCUGGACGAGGAGGCCUCGGCGCCCGAGCGGCCGCCCGCUCUGCUGCAGGAGGAGUGGGAGACUGUCAUGUGAUCCGGGACCCGAGCCAGGGUUGGACCCGUGGGCAUAAGGGCUGACAGACGGACCAAGAGACGGCUGGUUGGACGGUUGCCCACUCAGGGCGGGGCUGGGAAGACAAAAGAGGAAAAAAAGAAAGAAAGAAAGAAAGAAAAAGAAAAGGGAAAGGGAAGCAGUGUGUAGCUUCCUAUGGUCUGAGCUGGGGCUCAGGAGGGGAGGCGAGGGCCGGGAGCCAUGGAGCCUUUCUUGGGUUUCACCUCUGGAAGGGCUCCAGGGGCCAGGGGCCAGUCCCCGGGGGCUGGGCACAGUCCAGCAGGAAAGACCUGGGAGAAGCCAAGAGCGGCCCGAGUUUGCUGGGGUCACACGGGGGCCCGGCGGAGCCAUGCAGGAGCUGGGCCACAGCCUCUCCCCGCCACCAGCUGCUGCCUCCAAUGCCUCUGCUGAGGCCCCGGGGUGGGUGGGGGGGACCCCGGCUCCUCUCUGCCAACUCUUCACCUGUUGCCCCGUCACUGUUCACCAAGGGCCAACCGCAGAUCCCUGGGUCCCUGGCCCUGCUCCAGGCCCCUUCCUGCCUGUCUGGUGGCCAUGCUGUGUCCCUUGGGGCCUGGAGCACUCAGGGAGCUCUCCACACAGGAUCUCCAGCCCCCACCCUGGAUUUGACACGCCUCUGGCCACCAGACUGAGAGGGCAAGGGAGCGUGCCGAGGCCAUCAAGUGAGACGUGGGCUGAGGUCCGCGCUGGGGCUCAGGAACUGUGGGGGAGCCUGGGGUCAUCCCACAGGUCCAGCUGGGGUGAGGGCCUGCAGGACUCAGCACAUCCACCCACCGUGGAUCUGAGCCCGUCACUAAGCAUCCCUAGCCCACACCCACCUGCCACUUUAGCCACAUUACUUGCACCCCUCACCCCUGCCCACCUCAGUCUUGGGCCCUAGAAUGGCACAGGCCCUCCUGGCCUGACACUGAGAAUUGACCCAACUGCAUCCCCACCCCAAGCUCUGACCAGAACAAGCUUCGUUCUCAAGUCCGAGGACGGCCUUGCCCCCGAGCCUAUACAAGCUAGUGCCCCUGCCUGGCCCUGCCUUUCCUCAUCUCCAGCGCAAACUUGUUCUUCUCCGUGGACGCAGCAUCUGGAAAGCGCCCCCCAUCUCAAACAGCACCCCCACCCCACUGGGGACUGGGUGAGGUGUCAUAGUCAGUGGGUGGCAUAGACGUACUCUGAGCAGCCUCAGGCCCAGCCCCGCCUUCCUUUCCAGAUGGCAGGUAGGGCAAACAGUUGCUCAAAGGCCCGGUGCACCCAUGGGGCUCCACGUGGUGUGAUGUGCUUGGAACCCUGUGAGAAACGUGGGCCAGGACCUGAAGGGCCACUGAGCCAGCUUAAGCAUCGAGGACUCCUGUGAAUGCUGGGAGCUAUUGGAAACUGUACAGGGAGAGCAACCAAGGUCUGAGACACAUUUAGAAGAGUCCCUGCUUCAUUGGAGAGGCCAGAGGAGGUUACUCAGGCCUCAGGGGAGAGGUAACCUUGUGGAGGAGGUAGCAGGCAGGAAGUACCCUGCAUGAGGCACUGGCUGGGAGAAGGAGACCCAAGCAGAACAGACCCCCAUCCCCUCCCAGGGCUCAGAGCUACGGGACCUCUGGGAACCUCAUCCACCCACCCCACAGGCAGUCCCUGAGGCCGCUAGCUGGCUGGGCCCCAGGGCCCCAUCUUCCAACCCAGACUUCUCCUCAGCAGGCUUCUGAAGUAGAGUCCACGAGGCCCACUCCCCCUGAAACACUCAGACUGGGUACCCCUAGGACAGGGCUGGCCUUCCCACUCAGAGAGGCCCCUGAGCAGCGCCUGGGCCAUCCAGGUGUUGGCAGAGGAAGUGGGAGCCCUCAAUGGGCCUGGCAGGCAGUCAGGACCCUGUUUGCCUUGAGCAGGGGCUGGAGCCAGGUGGUCACUUCUCCCUUCAAGGCCUCCCAGCCCAGCCAAGCCGCAGGGAACACGUAAACACCAGCCGAGCUGGGCGCGGACGGGCAGGGAGGAGGGCACCGAGAGACCCCAGCUCCUCAGCUUCCUUGGCCAGGGUGUCUGGCACCUCAUGGGCUGCCCUGAACCCCAAGUGGGGCCAGUAAGGCGGGCCUCAGCUCCCACCUGUCUUGGGCAUGUGAACAGGCCCUGCCCUCUCUGGCUGGUCUUCCCUCAGCUCCGACUGGGAGAGGAACCUCUGAAGGCCCUUGGAAGGAACGUUACCCCUGGCUGGGGGCCCCUGGAACCCAAGGCCAGGCCCCAAGCCUGGGUGAGACCAUAGAUCCCAGCUCAGAAUGGGGCCUCCAGGGGGCAAGGGGCAUCAGAUGGCUCUGCCCAUCUCAACCUGCAAGCCUGUUGAGAACAAAGAUGGAGCCGGGCCCCCCACGCCCACCCAGAGUGGGCAGGCUGUGACAGCCUCACCCUUCUGCCCUCACCCUGGGGCAGGGUGGGAGGGAACAGCACAGACACAGGGGAAAGGGUACUGAGUUCUCUGGAAGUUCAGAAGGGACAUGACCCUGCCCUAAGGGGUCUUAAGGGGGACAGAGCCCUGCUCUGAUGGUGUGUGAGGGGCCAUGACCCUGCCCGGUGGCCUGAGAGGGUCCGGGCUCUGCCUUGGCUGUUAGAAGAGGUCUGGCCAGGGUCGGGGGGUGGGGUCCGUCAGAGGGGUCGGUCAGGAGCCGUGGGGCUGGCUGCGCAGCUCUGGCACACAGGCUGGGGUGGGCCCAGCUGCUUGUCCCUCAUGCCUCCUCAGCCAGUUCCAGAAUGAUCCCAGCCUGAGGUUCCCAUGGCCAACGGCAACAAGCCCCGGCUGGGGCAGAAGAGCCUCCUCUUGGGCAGAGGAGGGGACUCCAGAGCCAGGCAGGGCCCUGGACCCUGGCUGGCUCCCGGGUGUGCUGUGUGAUCCUGGGCAAGCUGCCUUCCCUCUCUGAGCCUCAGCUUCUCCUCUGAGCUCAGGGCCCUGUUCAGGGCCUGUGCGGGCUCAGCACACAGCAGCCUGCUCCCUAGUGUAAGGCCCCUAGGACACCAGGCCAGGACAUCCCCAGUGACAGGUUCCCUCCUUCUUCAGUGUCACAGUCAUGCAGGCUGUGGGGGCCGAGAGGUGGUGGGCAUGGAUUCUGCGCUCCUCCCUGUCCAAGGGCUGGGGAUGAGGAGAGGGGCCAGGGUCUGGGAGGCAGAAGAGGCAGAAGACCAGAUUCCAGCCUUUCAUUUUGGCCUCAGCUUUCCAGAAUGUGCGGGUGAGGGGAAGGAAGGCGGCUGCAUUAAUUAUGCGCCUACUGUUUAGCCCCCCCCCCCCCCCCCCCCGCAGUUUUAGGGCAGAUAGAGAGAUUUGAAUUCCCCUAAAGGCUUCCUUCCAAUCACAGUUCUCAGACGGAAACACUGGUCGGGGAGCUCUGCAGAUGAGCAGCCCUCAUGGGGUCCUGCUGGCUUUGCUUCCCAAUGGGGAAGAGGAGGGGACAAGGCCCGGCUGGGAGGAUGGGGGUCAGGGCAGGGGAGGGCGGGCUUGUGGCCACCCCAAGCUCCCUUCCCAGAGCUCCAGGGCCUGUGGCUGCGAACUCUUCAGCUCCCGAGGCCUUUCCCCUGCUCCUCACACGCCCCUGGGCUCUGCUCUCCCGGCAGCCCAAGGUUGGAGACCCUGUCCUGGGAACCCUCUCCCCAGCAUGUAUCAGUCAGGGGACGGCCUUGAUGUGAACUGCUCAGAGGCCACACGGGCAGCCUCUGCACCCCCACCAAGCUCACCCACAUCAGUGAGACAGAGGGACGCGUGUGGGGCUGCUAGGUGUGUCUAUUUGUAUUAGUGUAUGCAUAUUGGCAUCUGUGUAUUUAUUUGUACUUAUGUAUGUAUAUUUAUGUGUGUCUGUUCAUAUAUGUGUUGUGUCCAUCUGUACUGCGUCAGUCAGUGGUUCUACCGUAUAUGUACCUGUGUCUGUGUGUAUAUGGACAUGGAUGUCCAUUUGCACGUGUCUACUUGUGUGACUGUAUUGUGUAUCAGUGUGCCUGUUUGUAUGUGUUUGCAUGUGUGUCUGUAUACGUGUGUCUAUUUGUGUGUGUGUGUGUGUGUGUGUGUGUGUGUGUGUGUGUCUAUGUGGACCUGUGGUCUGAGAACGCCGCCUGUGGGUGGAAUUUGGCCCGGGGACGUGUUUGGUUUGGCCCUCACAGUAUUUUCAACAUCUUGAGCCAACAUUUAAAAAUCAGGAUAUUUCACAUAAAAAUUCAGCUUUCCAGUUUCUCUUUAAAAAUUCAGAAGCCCUGGCAGCCCUGGCGCAUGUUCCCAUGAGGCUACUCUCCUCCAGAGCUCACGGGGGCUGCCCAUCCGCCCGCCCCCUCACCGCUCGUCUCGCCUACCAGCGCCUUGAGGAUGACUGAGUUUGUGACCCCAGAGUGUGUGGUCACAACUGCGUGUAAGCCGAGCUGUCAGGGAGCGUGGGCAUCAACUGAGUCUGCACUGGGGGGUGCGUACUUGUGAUCGCAAGUGUGUGCACGAGGCACAGCUGAGUGCAUGGGGGACACGUGGGGGCCUGCACGCGCAGGGGUGGGUGGGAGGCACUGUGCGUGCGGGGGUGUGUGU